AACAGUUAUGUAUUUCCAGUAGAACAACAGCUCAAUCAAAAAUAUUUUCGACGAAACGCCCCGUGUAAUUAAUUUCAUUAAAAUAAAAAGUUUCAUGAUUAAAUUCCUUUAGGAAACUUAUUAAUUAAGGGGAGAAGUGUUCUUUAUUACCUCUACCUUCUGUGUUAAGUGAAUUUCUGUCCUAUCCUUCUUCUGUGGAGUAAUUUGGGGCGCAACAUAAUCAAAUGAGAUAUCAAUGCGAUCGUCUGUGAGCUACAUCCUGUCUCACGCGCCUGGGGAGUCGGUGAUGUCGCACCCGGACUACUCGCAGCAAGCCCAGCACCAUGCGUGCCUGCUGGUGCUCGUCAAGGGCAUCGGCGGCAUGCUGAAGAACUUCAACAAACUGUGGGAACGAAUACAAAAGGUCAACAACAUCAAAGUUACUGACUCUUCUGGGCAAGUGCGUGAUAUCUGGGUCAGAUAUGUUCGAGACUAUCCUGUGGAGAAUAAUGAUUGGGGUGACUUCCAAACUCACAGGAGACUACUAGGCUUAAUAACUUUAAGCAAGUUUACCAACCAAGUGGAGCUGAAUGAGGUCUGUCGAGUCCAUGAGUCCCUUAAGGUGAAGUACUCUAACACACUGUAUGACUCGAGGGCAUUCAUGUUUGGGCCCAUCAGCAAGAAGCCUGAGCAAGAGCCUGAGACCUACAGCAUCUAUGAGGAUGAUAAGGAAUCUAAAGAAGGUGGCAGUUUUAGUGAUAGGACUUCCGUCCCCAGUGAACAGCCAGACAGCUUAUCAUCAUCAGAAAGUUUCCCUCGAUCUUCCUCGUCAGUCCAAGAGGAAAACUUCACAACCCCUUCUAACUUCAAAACCCAUGCAAUGUUCUACAGUGAAAAUGACCCAGUACCCGAUCUAGAACAGAAUGUAGCUGAUUUGAUCAACUCUCUGUUCUGGGUGGUAGAGUCCAAAAGACUAGAGAGGUCUAGAGAGAAGCUUGAGAAAGUUACACUGCUGUUAGCACCGUUUGAGAAGAAAGAUUUUGUAGGUCUAGAUAUGGAGUCACGCAACAAUAAAAAGCGCUGCAUGGGUCGCGUUACAAAAAACCUAGCCGAUCUAACAUUGCAGGCCGGUUUAGUAGCUGAAAGUCUAAGCCUAUACAACUCUGCUGCUGAAAUACUAAAGUCAGUCAAUGAUUGGUUAUGGUUGGCCGCCGCUAAAGAAGGUCUAUGUGCAGCGUCAGCUAUACUUCUCUAUCCAAACCUACGAAGUUCAACUCCCUUACAACGCAACGCGAGCUUACAGGAGAGUUCACCAAGCAAAAACAAACCCCUCUCCUUAUUCAACCCUAACACUGACCCUUUCAGAAAAUUCAAGGUCACAUCCUCCCCUUUACGAUCAUCUAAAAACUCUAGUCCUGUAAACCAACCUAGUGAGCUAACCCCUUCUUCGUCAGAAAGUCUAGAAACUUCUUCGAGGCAAUCGGAAACCGACAACGCAGAUUCCGAAUCAUUAGCAUCAUCAAGCGACAUAGAAUACCAAGGCCCGAAGUCAUACGUAGGUUCCGAUCUACCUUCCAUACCUAGACAACCGCCUUCGCAAAUCAAUACACAAUACUUACUAAAUGGGGAAGAUAUUGCUGAGAAAUACCGUAAAGCAAUAAUACACUAUAGUAAAUACCAGAAUGCAGGUAUUAUUGAGACUGAGGCGUGCUUCAAAGCUGCGAGGAUCGCUGUUGAGCAGAAUAACAGCCUUCACGCGUCGAGUUUCCUGCAGAACGUCAUAUUUAUCAACCUAACGCUUAGUGAACAAGAGAAGAUUCAACGAUUUGACACACUCGCUGAGCUUUAUAAGGAAAUUGGUUUCCUCCGCAAGGCGGCGUUCUGCCAGCGUCUAGCGGCCACGCGGCAGGUGAGCCCCAACAACCCCAACCCGGACUGGCAGCGCUGCUACUACCUCAUGCUGCACAGCUUCCCCGGACACAAACUCAGCCUUGACCCUACCUACGUCAUACAGCAUCAAGUUGGCUGGCCAGCUCUCCAAAUCCAGCUUCUUCAGGAGUUGGUAGUGGCGGCGCGUCGUAUGGGGCACCCGGCGCUGGCCACGAGGCACAUGACUUUUCUGCUGCAGACCAUGUGGCCACGGUUGUCGAGGCAGGAGCACCGCGACCUCGCCAUACAACUGCAGGGUCUAUCAGCGCAAUGCGAGGGCGGGCCGGUGCCCCUGGUGCUGGAGACGGGCGAGGUGAUCCCGCCAGCCAACCUGACGCACGUGCCGCACUGCUCGUGGCUGUCGCCGCGCCCGCUGCCGCCCGCCCGCACCCCGCACCUCAUCAAGUGCAAGGCGCAGAGCGGACCCUUCAUAUUUACACCGAUUCACUUCGGAAGCUUGGAACGCAAGGCGAAAAAGGAUGAAGGGAAAAUGGAAUAUCUAUGGGUAGAAGACGAUAUCUGCGAAGUACAGAUGAAGCUGACAAACCCGCUGCCCUUCGAGUUGAAAGUGUCAAACAUGCGGCUGCUCACAUCGGGUAUAGUGUUCGAGUCUAUCCCGGACACUAUCAUCUUAGCACCAGACUCCCCUACCACUGUCAAUCUGCACGGAACUCCUAAAGAAGUGGGCGAAUUACAGAUUCUCGGCUACUCGACGCACACAUUAGGGGUCAAAUCAAACUGCAGACUCAAGAACAUGCCGACUCCACACAAAUUCCCGGCUUCUUACACCUUAGAAGUGAUUCCCAGCCUUCCUACAAUCACAAUAGAGACCACAGUAGCGCCCUCUGGGAAUUCGAGUCUGCCUAGUAUAGAGAAUGUGGGUAGCACCACGAAUAUAUCGCUGCAUAACGGGGAGAGUACUGAAUGUACUAUGAGGAUCACCAACACAAGUGCUGUGCCUAUUGAGUACCUUGAUUUGGCUAUACAGUCAAACAUGGACAACAACCUGCAAUCCAAAGUAUUCCAAUGGUCCAACGACGACAUACAAUCCCAACUGCCCAUACAACCAAACGACACGGCGACAAUUAUCAUGAAGUUGUAUGGAGAAGCUGAUUUCCUGGACCUCGGCGGAGUGGGGGGAGACAACCUGUUCCCAAACAGCCUAACGUCUAAUUACCCUUCAAGGGUGGGGUCGCCAGUGCCUAAUGCGCAGACGUCGCUGCCGACGCAAAGCUCUAAUCCUCAUACGUCGUUGAGUAGUGGAUUCCCGAAUAGAAACCUUUCUGGGAGCUUUAGAUCAACUAACUCUCACACAACUAAUUGGUCCGCUCCUAUUUCUGUUAUGCCACCGUCCAGAGGCCGACAAGUUGAAGCCCAGAUAAUAAUAAGGUAUUCAGGUGGUGCAGGGAAAGACUUGCACUGUCGGCAGUCUACUCUGCAGAUCAAUCUGGAACUUCUACCGAGUGUCUCCAUCACGCAUUGGGAUGUUCUGCCUGCUGAAAUCCCAUCGCAGCUGUAUCUAGUGCUAGACGUGACCAACCUGACUACUGAGGAGAUGGAGCUGGAAUACGCGAGCGGCAAGCACAUCCUGAUCGAAGGCAAGGAGUCGUGUCGCGUGCCUGUGCCGCUGGAGAGGUGCCCCUUCAACGCGCCGCAGAGGCUUAAACCUGAUGACGCACUAGAAUCCCGUUCAACAAGCACAGGCACGUCAACAAACAGCUUAGAACUCAUGUGCUCCGAACACAUCACGAACAACGUCGACUUGAAGUGGAAUCUUCUACACUCUGACAUAAGCGGUCGCGCCUCUGUCAAAGGAAUCACGCUUAGUCAGGCUAUGAUGGAUAUAGUCAGAAUGUCGCCACUGAAUUGGGAAGUGAGCGUGAAUAAUCAAUGUAUAAAGCCGCAAGAAGAGCUCAGCUGCACGGCAGGCGAGUGGAUAUCCCUCGGUGUCGCCGUGAGCAACCACUUGACCAGACCAUUGCACAAGCUGUGCCUCUCCGUGCAGUUCUAUCAAGAUUACAACAACGGCAUCAUGAGCUACAAGCUGGAGAAUCGCAUCGCAACCGCUGGGAAUAACAAAGUGGUGCUAUCAGCAUUACCAGAGUCAGCAAAGGCGUACCACGAGUGCACAGUAGUAUUCUUAACACCUGGAGAAUACAAGAUCGAUAUCCAAUGUUCCACUACAGAGCCGAUUUUAGAAGACAUCACUAUUAGAGACGACACCCCGUCCAUCAUACAACCCUGCACCAGCGAAGUCAGUCACAUCUGGCGAUUCAUCCCACCUGUUGCUAUUAGUGUGUCGGACUAAAAAUGUAAAUAAUAUCCAUUCUAUUUAUUAUCUAGUUAUGUAUGACGUUAUUUUUGUAUAAAAAUGAAUUAUGUUAUUGCUGCAAUAGGUUAACACAAUAUGUUAACAAAUUUAUUAUGAUUAAAAAUAUAAAAUAUCA